CCACUCUCGUGGGUCCCAGUAUAAAAUCAAAUCGUGUCUUCACCGAAGCUAUCAGUACAAUUGUAGCGCUUGCUUUAGUUACGAACAAACUUUUGAAACCCCGUUCAACAUGAAAUCCUUCUCGUGUCUUUUGGCCGUUGUUGCCCUGGUGGCGAUGGUGAGCAGUGCGCCCGUCCAGGAAGGUGAAUCCCGUGUCGUGCGACAGGUAGGAGGCUUCGGUGCGUCGGGCUCGGCAGCUAACGCUGGCGCACAGUCCUUCAACCAGGGCUUCGGUGGAUUCCCGGGCCAUGGUGGUGGUUUUGGUGGAUUCUCGGGGUCGGCUGCGUCGGCCGGUAGCCAAUCGUUCACGCAGGGAGGUGGCCACGGAUUCGGUGGAUUCUCCGGAUCGGCCGCAAACGCUGGUGCUCAGUCGUUCUCGCAGGGAGCGGGUGGAUUCCCAGGAUUCGGCGGUGCUAGCGGAUCGGCCGCCGGUGCCGGUGCUCAAUCGUUCGGAGGAUAAGCUACGGGACGGUCAAGUAUUAGCCCAAACAAACGCUGCCCCUUGUGCUCACAGAUAUGGGCGGUGUCGCGUAAUGGAAAUGUGGGAAAAUGGUGCAAUCUACCCGCACCUUUGACUUUUGACUUCUUGCUCAGGAAUUAGAAUCUAACGCCAAAUCAGUCUUCGUUGUUAUUCUCGUGUGUGUGGGAUGAAUAAUAAAACUACAGCCAAAAUUACGAAAA